CUCUCUCUCUCUCUCUCUCUGUGAUGAUAUAUCUGUCUCCCUCUCCUCCCAUUUCUCUCCAUCUCCCAUUUUGGUUUCUUGGGAUCGAGAAAAUAAGGGAGAAAAAGCAACAGAGAAAACCAAUCCCCAUCAAGCAAAAAAAGCUGCACUUACCAUCCCCGCCGGAAACGCAGUUGAUAUCUCCACCCCUCCCAAUACCAAUUACAACAAAAUAAACAACAACCCAACGUCCUACAAAAGCAUGAACAUUAAUCCUCGACAUGGUAACGGAACCACCCAAGCUUGUGCAGCAUGUAAAUACCAACGCAGGAAGUGCGCGCCCGACUGCAUUCUCGCCCCUUAUUUUCCUCACGAUCGCCAAAGACAAUUCCUCAACGCCCAUAAAUUGUUCGGAGUUAGCAACAUCACCAAGGUCAUCAAGAACCUAGACCAACCCGACAAAGACGAGGCCAUGCGUACCAUCAUUUUCCAGUCCGAUAUGCGCGCCAAUGAUCCCGUCGGCGGCUGUUAUAGAAUGAUCCGAGACUUGCAGCGUUUGAUAGAUUACAACAAGGCCGAGCUCGAGAUUGUUCUUCACCAAUUAGCCUUGUGUCGAGCUCAGGCUCAUCAUCAACAGCCUCACGUCCAAAUGCCAGAAAUGGCAGAUCCAAUAUUCAACUCCGAGAAUCAUGUAAUUAAUAGUGCUGCAGAUCCUUUGGGUUCAUACAAUAAUGGGGUGCAAUGCCAUUAUCUAGGACCCCCCCAUCAAGAACAAUACUUUGUUGUUAAUAAUGAUAAUUUGCAAGAAGAUGUUAGUGCUUGGGCUGUGCAAGAAUCUGCGUCUAAUUUGUCAUCUUUGCACGUUAAGAAUGUCGACGUUGGCGAUGAAUGCGAUGAUAUCAAGCCGAUUUUUGAGAGACAUGCAUGUGAACGAAAUGAGAUCAAGCUCGGACAUGAUGAAGAAAAAGUUCAUGAAAGAAGUUAUGAAGCAAUGUUGAGGAUAGACAAUUCGAUAUUAAAAGAAGAAGAUGGUUCCAUCCAACAAGCUCAGGACCACGAUCUAAAAGGUGCAGCUACUUUGUUUACCCUCACAAAUUGUAAUAGUUGAAGUACAUAUACGCGGUAUAUCAAGUCAUCAUAGAGUAGCAAACAUCGAUGAUCUUCGUGUAUAUCACUUUUUGUCAGUGGGAUCAAUGGAUUUAGGGUUUUGUUGUCAGUAGAUUUAGCAGAAUGAGGAAUGGUAUUUAUACGGUAUACCUUAAUUAGCAAUAUAUGUUCCCCGGCUACAUAUGUAUCUUUUUUUUUCAACAUAAUUGAUAGAGCUUUACCUUUGGUAUGACAAUUCUCUUGCAAU